UAACUCGUCAGCUGUUUAUGUUUUGGUCGAUGAAGAAGUGGGAGGAGGUGUGUGUGAGGUUUUGCAACUUUUCAGCUUUUUAAUUCGUCUUUUACCUCGUAACUGUGGGAGAGGAUUAAAAUAUGAGGAAGCUACAGCUCUGGAGUAAUGUUAGCAUUGAUGAAGAAUGAUCCGUGUGUACAUUCCGCAUUACCGCCAAGUGGAGGGUGAAGGAGGCAGAAGCCAUUACGUGUAUAUCCUGGAAGUCUGCUACACUGGGCGUGUGCACAAAAUCGAAAAGAGAUACUCGGCAUUCCAUAGUCUGUACAAAGAGCUCCGCAAGGCCUAUCCCACUGCCGAAUUCCCCCCGAAACGUCUACGUAACACAACCUCCAAGGUUUUAGAGACCCGUCGUGCUGGCUUAGAGUCCUGGCUCCACUCCACACUCUUGUUCGAACCCACUCCUCCUGCACUGCUGGCGUUCCUGCAGGUGCACAACUAUCAGCCUCCGCACCAAGAUGCUGAUCCCGCGACCACAUGACGGGUACGAG